AUGAGCACUUCUCAUCAGCCGGCAUUCUCCGCCCACGCAUCACCAGUAUCGACUCAAGCAGUUCCGCCUCCCGUUCAGAAUAAUGCGCGCGCCAAUUACCCGGACAUGUUAGGACAGCCACCAGUCCCUCCCCCGAGGAGCUCUUCUACGCAUCAUAGCCGCCGCAGUCCUAACGGAUCGACCGAGAAAGGCUCGCGACAGGGAAAGAGCCGGUCCGAUCGCAAGGAAAACCGAGAGCGAACACGCGACGACCGCAACGGUAAAAGUCGAUCAAGACGGGCAGAUCCCUUGGAGGAGACUACACGUGAGGCAUCAAGAGGUGCGCCUCCGGUCUCAUACCCGGAAGAAGAUCGCGGCCUAGAGAAUAUGUCAGGCCAGGGAGCUCCUUUGGAGAAAGAGACGAGUGCGGUGAUCAACUCGGUGCAGGUCAGCGAUCCCGUCGUGGAUCGGACGAGAGAGCAGGUGCGACAAGAAGGCGCAUCCCCAGCGGCAAUCGCACCACAAGACUCGGCGCAAAACUUUGGUACGGCUGGAACUGAACCGGUCGAGGAGGGAACACGCUCCGGCCAUCGAAGCCGCCAUGAUUAUAGCAACAACGGAAAUACCAUCAAGCGAAAGGAGACCACAUUUGGAACUUACAUUCUUGGGCAAACCCUCGGCGAGGGUGAAUUCGGCAAGGUCAAGCUUGGUUGGAAGCGCGACGGCAGCAUCCAGGUAGCCAUCAAGCUCAUUCGCAGGGAAUCUCUGGGAUCCAACCCUAGCCGAUUGCCCAAGAUCUAUCGCGAGAUCGCGAUUUUGCGUGAGCUCGCACACCCCAACAUCGUCCGUCUUCACGAGAUGGUGGAAACGGACCGCCACAUAGGUAUCAUCAUGGAGUACGCAUCAGGAGGUGAACUUUUCGACUACAUUCUGAACAACCGGUACCUUAAAGACAACUCUGCACGUCGGCUAUUUGCACAAUUAAUUUCAGGUGUCGGCUACCUGCACAAGAAGGGUAUUGUGCACCGAGAUCUGAAGCUGGAAAACUUGUUGCUGGACAGGAAUCGCAACAUUAUCAUUACAGAUUUCGGCUUCGCCAACACCUUCGACCCAACCGACCCAUUAGACGAGGAGAUCGAGUACAACCUCACCAAUAAGGAAUAUGUCAAGCGGAAGCGACUGGAUAAGCUGGGUCCAGAUGGAUACAGGCGGGGUGACCUGAUGCAGACAAGCUGUGGAAGUCCUUGCUAUGCUGCUCCGGAGCUGGUUGUUAGUGACUCCCUGUACACCGGACGCAAAGUGGACGUGUGGAGCUGCGGUGUCAUUUUGUAUGCCAUGUUGGCUGGUUACCUCCCAUUCGAUGACGACCCCGCAAACCCCGACGGAGACAACAUCAACCUUCUUUACAAAUACAUCGUGACCACCCCUCUCACCUUCCCUGAAUAUGUCACACCCCAUGCUCGUGACCUUUUGAGGCGGAUACUGGUCCCCGACCCCCGGAAGCGUGCCGACUUGUUUGAGGUGGCUCGCCACAGCUGGUUGAGUGAAUACUCUCACAUCGUUUCGCAUAUCACCAGCAGCACAACGAAUGUUGCGGAUAUUGCCAACACAACGGUACCGUCUGAGCACCAAGAGGCACCGGCCCUUGUUCGUAGUGCCUCCGUUCGUGAGCCGCCCAAGUCAGCACACCAAAGUUCAGUUGCGGCUGUUGGUGGGCUCAAUCACCACGCUGGAGAUAUUUCCCAGGAUUCGCCAAGUGAAAAGUCGAAGACUUCGAAGGAUGCGAAGCGGAGGACUGUUCAGGUUGAGUAUGUUGCUCCUCAAUCGCAAACAACCCGAGGAGAAUACCAGGACACUCCGGGACCUCACACUGGCGAGGAACCACAAGCGAGCGCGACACCCGAGAAGCCACGCACGACCUCAAAAACCGCUCCGAAGCCGCCUAUCAACCUGGACAAGCCAUUGCCAGGACACUUCCCCCGUUCGACAUCGGAAAACCCCGGCCUCACUGGCUCACAUACCUAUGCCCCGGCGCCUUCGAACACGCGACCCCAGACGGGUGGCUCAAUGGCAUCUAUCCACACUGGUCGUCUCCCUUCGCGAGGCUCCUAUGGACAGCCCGUGGCGCCCAUGGUCACUGCUACCAACACCGAAGGCCGUCUAGCGCAGCCUAGGAGCGGACAGUUCUCUCUUGUGCAGAACCCCGCUCAAGCGUCUAGUGCAUCCAUUGGCCGCCCCAGCACCCAACAGCUCCCCUCGGCAUUUAACCCAACUCCUCGACAAGAGCCCCCCAAGAGCGGCCACAAGCGAUCGAGCACUGUUUCUAGCAUUGGCGAGAAGCUUUUCGGCCGAUCGGGAUCUAUUCUGGGUGGUCGAAACUCCCAGGCUCAAAAUAGUCGUGCCCGGCAAAACAGACGGUACCCCCCUACCAGCAUGAAGGACCCACUGCCGCGAGAAGAUUCCCGUCAGUCUAUGGAUUCUCGUCGCUCUAUGCAAUACUCGCAUAGCCGCAAGGCGAGCGAAGCGGAAGGCCGACCUCGUCGAUUCUCCCUUCUUCCGUCCUCCUUCUCUUUCCGCAACUUCUCUGGACGCGCUCAGACUCCUGAAGAAUCAUCACAAACGCCACGAACAGUCGACCCUCAAAGUCAGCGCCCAGCCACUGGUCCUAUGUCAAAUCGCCCUCGCGCAACCAGCUAUGGAACUCAGGAGGCUAUGAGUAUGGUGAAUGAGGGUCCUUCAGACACGGUGUACGAGCAGAAAGAUUCGGAGCCAUUGAGCUACGAGGCUCAAAUUGACCAACAAUUUGCCGAGCUUGGAAAUCACUUCGACCAGACCGACGAUUCCUUUGGUGCCAUCUCAUCUGAGCAAGUCUACCGGCAGAAUGACGAUGACCAAUACAAUGGUUCUCAUCACAAGUACUCCUCGAAGCCGAACUACUACGACGACUACAACGGCACUUACGACAGUUUGCCUAGACAAUCCAUGCAAGCUGGCCGACGAGGACCAAGCGUCUUGCAGAAGAAUAAUCGCAAGUUUGUUGACGCAUACGAGUACGAGCGAGACUCCUCUCACCACUCAGGAAGCUCAGGCGCCGCCCGAAAGGUCAUGGACUUUUUCCGAAGGCGUGCCAAGUCUCGGGCCGGCGACGACCGGUAA